CAGGGUGCAAUCCCGGAGGGUGGUCAGGAGGAAGAGGGUGGCAAUGCAGCCGUUGUCCGCGUCUGGGCCUAACGCGUCCUGGUGGGCGCCGGCCAACACAACGGUCUGCCCCGGCUGUGGCGCCAACACUUCGAACGGUGCGAUCCCUGCGCCUUGGCCCGUGGACGCCUGGCUGGUGCCGCUCUUCUUCGGCGCGCUGAUGCUGCUCGGCCUGACAGGGAACUCGCUGGUCAUCUUCGUCAUCUGCCGCCACAAGCAGAUGCGGACGGUGACCAACUUCUACAUCGUCAACCUAGCGGUCACAGACUUAACGUUCCUGCUGUGCUGCGUGCCGUUCACCGCUCUGCUCUACCCGCUGCCCGCCUGGGUGCUGGGCGACUUCAUGUGCAAGUUUCUCAACUACAUCCAGCAGGUUUCGGUGCAGGCCACGUGCGCCACCCUGACCGCCAUGAGCGUGGACCGCUGGUACGUGACAGUGUUCCCGCUGCGCGCCCUGCACCGCCGCACGCCCCGCCUGGCGCUGGCAGUCAGCCUCGGCAUCUGGGUGGGCUCGGCUGUCGUGUCGGCGCCGGUGUUCGCCCUACAUCGCCUGUCGUCCGGACCGCGCACCUACUGUAGCGAGGCCUUCCCCAGCCGCGCCCUCGAGCGAGCCUUCGCGCUCUACAACCUGCUGGCGCUCUAUCUGCUGCCGCUGGUCGCCACCUGUGCCUGCUACGGGGCCAUGCUACGUCACUUGGGCCGGGCCGCCGUGCGCCCAGCGACCGCCGACGGCACCCUGCAGGGGCAGCUGCUGGCGGAGCGGGCGGGUGCCGUGCGGGCCAAGGUCUCCCGGCUGGUGGCGGCCGUGGUCCUGCUCUUCGCUGCCUGCUGGGGCCCCAUCCAGCUGUUCCUGCUGCUGCAGGCGCUGGGCCCAGCCGGCGCCUGGCAUCCGCGCAGUUACGCCGCCUACGCGCUCAAGAUCUGGGCACACUGCAUGUCCUACUGCAACUCGGCGCUGAACCCAUUGCUCUACGCCUUCCUGGGCUCCCACUUCCGCCAGGCCUUCCGCCGCGUCUGCCCCUGCGCUCCCCGGCCGCUCCCGCGGCCCUGGCGGCCCGGACCCUCGGACCUCGCGACCGCCGGCCAUACCCAGCUGCGACGCCUGGGCCACGCCAGGCCCCCCGAAGUCAGGCAGCGGUAGUCCCGGGCUGCGCAGGCUGUGCGUUCUGAGGGGACACGCUGUGUCUCUCUGAGCCCUCUCUGAAGGGAUCAAGAUGGGCCCCUCUGAAACAGGCGGGCUUAAAUAGCAGCUGCUAUUAUACUGUUUUUACCCCAAAUCAUAAUAGAGUAAAGGCCUUGUCCUCUUGCAACAUUUGAUACAAAUCUGCUGUAUGUUUGCCACUGUUGAUGCUGUAAUUAUUAUUUGUGUUUCCUGAAUUGAAGAUGCUUUGAUGCUGACAUUUUCUGGAACUUUGGAGGAAGCGUCAAUAGGACUUUUCACACACUGCCCUGUGGAUGACUGUACAAUUGUAAGCCUGUACAAAUGCCAUUUUCAGAGAUACUAAAAAGUGAACGUGAUGUCCAUCUUAUAAUGGAUGAAAUAAGGUAUUCUUCUUGGCACCUUGUGAGUGAGUGUUCAGAGUCCUGGCUGGAAAAUCAUGGGUGUCAUUGAAUAAAUAGCAGAGACAUCACUUUGCAGACAAAGGUCUGUAUAGUCAAAACAGGUUUUUGCAGUAGUCAUGUAUGGAUGUGAGAGUUGCAACAAUCUUUAUAGGAGGCUGAGUACCUUAGAAUUGAUGCUUUCUAAUUGCAGUGUUGGAGAAGACUUGAAAUCCCCUUGGACAGCAAGGCCAU